AUCCACCUUUUUUCUUCCCUAUUUUUUAUGGCUGUCUAUUUUUAUGGCUGUCUGUCUGUACCCGUGCUCACUUAUAGUAAAGCCUUUCCCUUCGAUGGUUUUGCAGCAAGGUUCUCAAAAUGACUGACAGAACGCCACCGCAGGCUGGCAAUUGCUCGGAGCCGACCGCAGCCCCCCUUCGGCCGGUACCAGGCUGCGAUCUGGAUCUGCUGCGGCGAAUCAUGGAGAGCGGAAGUUGCCUGCCAUUGGUGAACCAGACUUUGGUCUGCGCGAGCUUAACCUGGGUAUGGGCUGGGCCCUGCUAGGAACUCGCCUUACAACCGCAGAGCACGACUCAGCGCUCAGCCCGAUCCAUGGAUCACCUCUUGCAAAUGGGUGCGCCACUACUAUUUCGAAUGCGCUUGUAACCUCCGCUCGUGCGACUUCUGAUUGUCGCUGUCGAGGAUUCCUGCUGCGCUGCACGAUCAACCCCAUGCGAACAGGAAAUGGCCUACGAUCCUCGCGCUGAGAGCCUCCGCCCAGCAGCGGGGGCUGCCGACCUCGCCGACGGUGCUGGCACAGUACGCGAUAGCGCCUACGCCCAACGCCAGCUCGAUGCCUUGAUGAUCUUUGUCAAGGAGCACAACUCAUUCCGAGAGCUGAAUGGGGUCACAGGUGUCUUGGGCAGCAGUGUGAGCCGUCUCCGUGCACCGUCUGUCCCGAAUAUCGGGCAUCUGUCUAUCGCGGACUCAGGCUCAAGGGCGCGGAGUCCAAAACGUUCGCCAUGGGAUGGCCCAGCGCAUCUCUCACCUUCGGUAUCUCCGCGCCAGGGCGCAUUUUCACACGCGGAUGUCUAUAGACACGCUCGAACCCAGUCUAGCGGUACUGGUGAUCUGUCUGUGUCCUCUAUCCCUCGCGAGUCUUCAUUGCUGUACUCAAGGGCCAGCUCGCUGCUCCUGGAGGGCAUGGGAACGGACGGCGUGCUCUUCCUCAAUGCCCCAAAGAGCAACUCUAGAAGUAGCUCUAGGAGAUCCUCAUGUGUCACUCCCUGGGAACUCAAUGGAAGGUCGGAAUUUCCCGGUGUCCGCCGCGGGUCUAUAAGUCUUUCGUCCGAUGGCGAGUGGCAUGAAAGGCCCUGCGAGGUACUUGGGUCUGCUACCUGUGAAAGACUUCAGAACAGUUUCGAUAUGGAAACCUGUUCAUUAAGCAAAGGGCUCCUACAUGACCUUUGCAUGUCUUUUCCACAGGGAAAAUUCUUCAACCCCCUCUGCAGCCCGGCAGACAGCGUCAUCAACCCGCUCAUGGUGGAAGGCUUAGCACAGAGCAUUCCAGAUGCACGUUCCAUCCUAUUCCUGCCCCUCUGGCACUGGGACAAGUCUCGUUGGAUAGCUGCUGCCGUCACUUGGAAAAGCCAUGGCGAUUUCACAGAAGAUGACCAGUACUAUUUGCAAGCCUUCGGUGAUGCAAUGGUCUCGCAGCUAGCGGAGAUCGACCGUGCUAUAACAGAAAGGACAAAGUAUGACCUGCUCUCCUCGGUGAGCCAUGAGCUUCGGUCGCCUUUGCAUGGCAUGCUCGCCAAUUCCGAGCUGUUGCAGUCGAGCUCUCUAGACCCGUCUCAGCAAGAGAUGCUGAAUAUGAUCAAAACGUGUGGAAAUACUCUAUUGGAUACAAUGAACCAUCUACUUGAUUUUGCCAAAAUCAACAACCUCACCAACUCAAAUAAACUCCCCUCUAGUGGCGUCCAAAUGGACGAGAUGGCGUCGACUUUCGAUCUUGAUGUCCUAGUAGAGGACGUGGCGGACUCGCUGUACACUGGUCAUCGGGCGUCUUGUACGGGGGCUGAGACCUAUGGGUCGCAUGCUUGUCGCGAUCUGACUGUUAUUGCGCGUAUCGAGCAGCGUGAUUCUUGGAAGGUCCAAUCUCUCUCUGGGGCGUGGAGGCGAAUAAUUAUGAAUGUACUAGGGAAUGCAUUCAAGUUCACACAGUCGGGACUUAUAGAAGUUUCUCUGACCCAUUCACAACGGCGUCGCAACGGAUUGAAAUCCAGCUUUGCCGUCAUACGGGUCAUCGACACAGGCUCUGGGAUCUCUCCAGACUAUCUUGACAACGGAAUCUUUACUCCAUUCUCCCAGGAAAACAUCUUAACUGAAGGUGUUGGCCUUGGGCUCAGCAUUGCACACCAAGUGAUUACGCAUCUGGGCGGCCAGCUCGACGUUAAGAGUGAACCUGGCGUCGGGACGAGAGUUGAGAUUCGGGUUCCAAUUCAGUUUAUGGAGACAACUCCCACUCUUACACCGAAUAAUGGCUAUAGGGGAACGUGGAAGAAGAAGCGAGUCUGCCUGGUGGGAAUGAACCCAGACAUCUGCAGCGGGGAUGCAAAGAACGAAGCAGAACGCAGGCGGAAAUUUGCGAUUCAGGACGCCAUGGGCAGCGCACUUCUACGCCAUCGCAGUUGCCGGCUUUCAUUUGCCGAUGCUUUGGACCAUGCAAACGGGGACAUUGCCGUCAUCGAGGAAGCUCUGCUUGAAAGGCUUGCUGCAGCUGGCGCAGUGGAGACUACAUGCCAGUCCCUUAUUGUGCUUGGAAAGUAUGGCAGCUCAAUACCGAUAGAUCAGGCAUUUGAAGGUGCAGUUAACGUGGUCUAUAUUUCACAGCCACUCAUACCGCGAAGGAUAUUCCAAGCACUGGAAAGGGUUGGAGUCUUAAUCCCCAACAGCACUCUAGAUGGGACCUUCCUCGACUCCCCAUCCGACUCCAGCCGGGAAAGCUCCCUGGCUGAGGCUUUCAGUUUGGCCAAAGCCCUAGAGUCUCCGCCGGCGGUUAGGGAGAAUAUAUCAGAAUAUCCCUUCCGCCCAGCCGAGCCAAGGGAGAAGGGUCUACACGUUUUGAUUGUCGAUGACAACGAUAUAAAUCUCAAGGUCCUGUCUACGUUCAUGCGCAAAAUAGGAUGUCCAUACGAGACCGCGUCUAACGGGCAGAUCGCGGUUGAGAAAUAUAAAGCAGCCCGCCCACAGUUUGAUUACGUUCUAAUGGAUAUAUCCAUGCCGGUCAUGGACGGGAUCGUCGCGUCGAGUAUCAUCCGUGACUACGAAGAAGAUGCCUGUCUCCCUCGGUCAACAAUCAUGGCUGUAACGGGGGUCGGCUCGAGCGAGGUACAGGAAGAAGCCGUUGCAGCUGGGAUAGAUGAGUAUCUUGUGAAGCCUCUGGCGCUUCACGAUUUGAAACGAAUCAUGGGCAUAUCUUGACGACGGCGCUGGGUGCCGUUGUAUAGAUUAUAGGGUAUUUAAUGUUAGGAGUCAUUACUAGACAUAGUAUAAGAUAUUAAUUGCCAAUUAUCUACCCCAUGCAAGAUUAUUAUGAC